AUGAUAAUGAAAAUACAGAAGAAAGAGAAGCAGUUGUCACAUUUAAAAGUUCUGAAUCACUCCCCAAUGUCUGAUGCCUCCGUCACUUUUGACUACAAAUCCCCCUCCCCGUCUGACCGCAGCACUGAUCAGGAAGAGAAAAUCGAAGAUGUUGCCAGUCACUGUUUGCCCCAGAAGGACCUGUACACUGCUGAGGAGGAAGCUGAGACCCUUUUUCCUAGGAAAAUGACAUCUCAUAACAGGAUGGAGGAUAGUGGAGGAGGCGGCACUGGAGUGAAGAAGAAACGGAAGAAAAAGGACCCAGGAGAGCAAGAGGGGGCAGCAAAGGGAAGAAAGGACAGGGAGUCCAAGCCAAAGAGGAAGCGAGAACCUAGAGAGCCAAAGGAACCCAGGAAGGCCAAGGAGCCCCGGAGGGCCAAGGAGCCCAAGGAGCCCAAGCAGAAGGAGGGAGCGAAGAAAGCACGGAAGCCCCGGGAGGCCUCGGGCACCAAGGAGGCCAAAGAGAAGAGGAGCGGUGCCGACUCCACAGCCAGGACGAAGUCCAGGAAGGCCAGCAAGGAGCCAGGACCAACCCCAGUGGAGAAAAAGAAGAAAGGAAAAAGGAAAAGUGAAACCACAGUGGAGAGUUUAGAGCUGGAUCAGGGCCUGCCGAAUUCAUCCCUGCGGAGUCCUGAGGAAUCCACUGAGUCUACAGAUAGCCAGAAACGACGCUCUGGGCGGCAAGUGAAGCGCAGAAAAUACAACGAGGACCUGGACUUCAAAGUGGUGGAUGACGAUGGAGAGACAAUCGCGGUGCUUGGAGCUGGCCGGACAUCUGCCCUCUCAGCUUCUACGCUGGCUUGGCAGGCAGAGGAGCCUCCAGAAGAUGAUGCAAACAUCAUUGAGAAGAUCCUGGCAUCUAAGACUGUCCAGGAGGUUCAUCCUGGAGAACCCCCAUUUGACUUGGAGCUGUUCUACGUUAAGUAUAGAAAUUUUUCCUACUUACACUGUAAAUGGGCCACGAUGGAAGAGCUGGAAAAGGAUCCUCGCAUCGCACAGAAGAUCAAGCGGUUUAGGAAUAAACAAGCCCAGAUGAAGCACAUUUUUACUGAGCCUGACGAAGACCUGUUCAACCCAGACUAUAUAGAAGUUGAUCGCAUCUUGGAGGUGGCCCACACCAAGGACGCAGAAACAGGAGAGGAAGUGACGCAUUACCUGGUGAAGUGGUGCUCACUGCCCUAUGAAGAAAGCACAUGGGAGCUGGAGGAAGACGUGGAUCCUGCGAAAGUUAAAGAAUUUGAAUCUCUUCAAGUUCUCCCUGAAAUUAAGCACAUGGAGCGGCCUGCUUCAGACUCCUGGCAGAAACUCGAAAAGUCUCGUGAGUAUAAGAACAGUAACCAGCUCCGGGAGUACCAGCUGGAGGGAAUGAACUGGCUUCUAUUUAACUGGUAUAAUAGGAAAAACUGUAUUUUGGCUGAUGAGAUGGGCCUAGGGAAGACCAUCCAGUCCAUUACAUUCCUUUCAGAAAUAUUCCUCAGGGGAGUCCAUGGCCCUUUCCUCAUCAUCGCCCCCCUCUCCACUAUCACUAACUGGGAGCGGGAGUUUCGGACGUGGACAGAGAUGAAUGCCAUUGUGUACCACGGCAGCCAGAUCAGUAGGCAGAUGAUCCAGCAGUAUGAGAUGGUGUACAGAGAUGCACAGGGAAACCCCCUUUCAGGAGUCUUCAAGUUCCAUGUUGUCAUCACAACAUUUGAGAUGAUCCUGGCAGACUGCCCAGAGCUGAAGAAGAUUCACUGGAGCUGUGUGAUCAUCGAUGAAGCCCACAGGUUGAAGAACAGGAACUGCAAACUUCUGGAGGGUCUAAAGCUCAUGGCCCUGGAACACAAAGUGCUGCUCACUGGGACCCCCUUGCAGAACUCUGUGGAGGAGCUCUUCAGCCUGCUCAACUUUCUGGAGCCAUCGCAGUUUCCUUCAGAGACUGCUUUCUUGGAUGAGUUUGGAGAUCUGAAAACAGAGGAACAGGUGAAGAAACUGCAGUCCAUCCUAAAACCAAUGAUGCUUCGGCGGCUGAAAGAUGAUGUGGAAAAGAACCUUGCUCCCAAACAAGAGACGAUCAUUGAAGUAGAGCUGACCAAUAUCCAGAAAAAGUACUACCGAGCCAUCCUGGAAAAGAACUUUUCCUUCCUGACUAAAGGGGCAUAUCAGCACAACAUGCCCAACCUCAUCAACACCAUGAUGGAGCUGAGAAAGUGCUGCAACCAUCCCUACCUGAUCAAUGGGGCAGAGGAGAAAAUUCUGGAAGAUUUCCGGAAAACCCACAAUUCUGAUGCCCCUGACUUUCAGCUACAGGCCAUGAUUCAGGCGGCAGGGAAGCUGGUGCUGAUUGAUAAACUACUCCCUAAGCUAAUUGCAGGCGGCCACAAAGUACUUAUCUUCUCCCAGAUGGUGCGCUGUCUUGAUAUCCUGGAAGAUUAUCUCAUCCAGAGAAGAUACACCUAUGAGCGAAUUGAUGGGCGAGUACGGGGAAACCUGCGCCAGGCAGCCAUCGACCGGUUCUGUAAGCCAGACUCAGACCGCUUUGUCUUUCUUCUGUGCACCAGAGCGGGAGGCCUGGGGAUCAAUCUCACAGCCGCUGAUACCUGCAUCAUAUUUGAUUCAGACUGGAACCCACAAAAUGACUUGCAGGCCCAGGCCCGGUGUCACCGGAUAGGCCAGAGCAAAGCUGUGAAGGUGUACCGCCUCAUUACUCGGAACUCGUAUGAGCGAGAAAUGUUUGAUAAGGCCAGCCUGAAGCUGGGUCUGGACAAGGCUGUUCUGCAGGAUAUCAAUCGGAAGGGCAGCACCAAUGGGGUGCAGCAGCUUUCGAAAAUGGAGGUAGAGGACUUGCUCCGGAAAGGUGCUUACGGAGCUCUGAUGGAUGAGGAAGACGAAGGCUCCAAAUUCUGUGAAGAAGACAUAGACCAGAUUCUGCAGAGGAGAACCCACACCAUCACCAUCCAGUCCGAAGGGCAGGGCUCCACUUUCGCCAAGGCUAGCUUUGUGGCUUCAGGGAACAGAACAGAUAUUUCCUUAGAUGACCCGAAUUUUUGGCAGAAAUGGGCUAAAAUAGCUGAACUGGACACUGAAGCAAAGAACGAAAAGGAAAGCUUAGUGCUCGACCGGCCUCGCGUGAGAAAGCAGACCAAACACUACAACUCCUUUGAGGAGGAUGAGCUCAUGGAGUUUUCAGAGUUGGACAGUGACUCUGACGAAAGGCCCACGAGGUCAAGGCGCCUCAAUGAUAAAACCAGGCGCUACCUCCGAGCCGAAUGCUUCCGGGUAGAGAAGAACCUGCUCAUCUUUGGCUGGGGCCGGUGGAAGGACAUCCUGACUCAUGGGCGAUUCAAGUGGCAUCUGAACGAAAAGGACAUGGAGAUGAUUUGCCGUGCCCUGCUGGUGUACUGUAUCAAGCAUUACAAAGGGGACGAGAAGAUCAAGAGCUUCAUUUGGGAGCUUAUCACACCAACCAAAGAUGGGCAGGCCCAGACCCUCCAGAACCACUCAGGGUUGUCUGCUCCAGUCCCCAGAGGGAGGAAGGGGAAGAAGACGAAGAAUCAGCUUCUGCUCCCAGAGUUAAAGAAUGCAGACUGGCUGGCCACCUGCAACCCUGAGGUGGUCUUGCAUGAUGAUGGCUACAAGAAACAUCUCAAACAACACUGCAACAAGGUACUUUUGCGAGUUCGGAUGCUCUACUACCUAAAAGCAGAAAUACUGGGAGAAGCAGCUGAUAAAGCAUUUGAAGGAACCCCCGCCAGGGAGCUGGAAGUGCCUCUGCCCGACAUUGACUACGUGGAGAUUCCAGUGGACUGGUGGGAUGCUGAGGCCGACAAGUCCCUUCUGAUUGGCGUAUUCAAGCACGGGUACGAGCGGUACAAUGCCAUGCGAGCAGACCCUGCACUCUGCUUCCUAGAGAAAGUUGGGAUGCCAGAUGAGAAGUCCCUUUCUGCAGAACAGGGUGUUACGGAUGGGACCUCAGACGUUCCUGAAAGAAGCAACACGGAUAAAGAGGACAACACUGAAGACAAACUAGAUGGCCUCCAGAAACAAGUGGAGAGUUCCAGUGAUGGAGGGGACGGCAUUUUUGGUGAGAAGAAGGAUGACAGCCGGGCAGCCCAGGAUGGCUCCGACCCAGACAAAUCGCCCUGGCCAGUUUCAUCUGCGCUCACAGCUCGGCUCAGGCGACUGGUCACUAUUUACCAGCGUUGGAACCGCAAGGAACUCUGCCGGCCUGAAAUUCUGGGACCUGGUAACCAAGGAUACUGGGUCCAGGAAGAGAUGUUCAGGAGGACUUCUGAAAUGGACCUCAUCAACAAGGAAGCCCAAAAGAGGUGGACGAGGAGGGAGCAAGCCGACUUCUACAGAACAGUGUCUUCCUUUGGCGUGGUUUAUGAUCAAGAAAAGAAAACCUUCAACUGGACGCAGUUCCGCAUCAUUUCUCAUCUGGACAAGAAGUCGGAUGAGAGCCUGGAACACUAUUUUUAUAGUUUUGUGGCCAUGUGCCGGCACGUCUGCCGUCUGCCCCCGUGGAAAGAUAGCGGUCCCCCCGAUCCCACCAUCUGUGUUGAACCCAUCACCGAGGAACGGGCUGCAAGAACUCUGUACCGCAUUGAGCUGUUACGGAAGGUCCGGGAGCAGGUGCUGACGUGCCCCCAGCUGCACGAACGCCUCCAGCUCUGCAGGCCCAGCCUCUACCUCCCCGUGUGGUGGGAGUGUGGGAAGCACGAUCGGGACCUGCUCAUCGGCACCGCCAAGCACGGGCUGAAUCGCACCGACUAUUACGUCAUGACUGACCCGCAGCUGUCCUUCCUGGACGCCUACAGAAACUACGCCCAGCAUAAAAGGCCCGACCCCCAGGCUCCGGAGAGCCUCUACUGCCUUUACCAGUCCAACUCCAAACUCUAUGAAUCUCCUCCAUACACACAAACGAGCAGGACUUCGGAGUCCCUAGAAACUGAACCUGAGAACCUAGGACAGACAGACGGGAGGGAUGAUCAUCUUGGUCCGCCUGAGGGCAGCUUAUCGGACAUCACGUGUGAGAACUUCAUUUCCAAAGUUCAGGAUGUCAUCUCCCUCACCCACGAGGACAGUCUGCUGCCCGAGCCCUUGGAGAGCAUGAUGUACGGUAAGAAGGGGCUCGGCCGAGGGCCGGCCUCUCUUCAGGAGAGCCCACACAGCGCAGAACCCAGAGCAGAUGCUCUUGGCAUCUCGGCAAGCAGAGGCGCCAACUGCCGGCCCGGUGGCCACAAGGCAGAAGUGGCUGCAGGCCCCUCGCUUAUGGAGAGUUUGGAAGCAGGAGUGGCUCAGAUGAACAUUAAAAAUGGAAAACAUUUGUUGUCUCAUGCAAGAGACGAGGAGCUGUGCUGCAGUGAGGCCAAGCAGAGGCCUGAAAGUGUUGGGCAGCUGGAAGCCAAGUUCUCGGCUUCCCCUUCCUUGGAUCAAGGAAAUGAAAGCGGGUUUGUCGAUAUGUGUAACCUUAGUGUCUGCGACUCCAAAAGAACCCUAUCCUCGGAGCAGCAACUAAUCGAUCUACUAGAAAACAAGAGUUUAGAAACUGAUUUGAUACUGAGUCAGAACCACAGCGAGGAGGAGGAGGAGGAGGAAGAGGAGGAAAACGAGGAGGACAGCUUGGAUGUGGCAGCAGGCGGGAGGGGGAGGCCAGAGGUCCUGCCUCUGAGCGAGCCCACCGCUGGCCCUCCAGGGGAGAACGCCCGAGGCUUCCCUGCAGAGGACGCCCAGAAGGGCCCCCUGGGCGCCGGGAGCCAGGGCGCCGGGCCGCAGGGGCCUUUUCCCCAAGCGGCCUGCCAGUGCCACUGCAAGCACCUGGGGAGGUGGGCACGCGGCCUGGACAGUGAUGGCUUUGAAGUGGAGAAGCCCGUGGGUCCUAGCCCAGACUUGUACAAAAGCAAAACUAAUAACAUCACCAUGGAGGGUGAGCUCACGGCCACUCCGCUGGAGCCAUUUAAAGCGAAGCACGAGCUUGUAAAAGAGCCUUGGAAAGAAAGUGCGGAAGGGAAGAAAGGGUUCCCUGCGUAUCCUCUGGAAGGAAGUGAGCUCAAGGCAGAAGACAUGGAUUUCGAGAGUAAAGAUGACUAUGACGGAGACGGCAACUGCCAUGGCCGAGAUUACCCGGGGAAGUACUCCGAGGAGGAGAGCAAGAGCUCCACGUCGGGCUUCACGGGCGACAUCGGAGACGACCUGCAGGAAGCGCGGGCCCCCACCAUCGCGCAGCUGCUGCAGGAGAAAACCCUGUACUCCUUCUCCGAGUGGCCGAAGGAUCGAGUAAUAAUCAACCGCCUAGAUAACAUCUGCCACGUAGUGCUGAAUGGGAAGUGGCCCUCCAGCCAGCCGUACGAGCCCUCGGGCACGCUUUCCGCCCCUGUGCUCCCCAGCACCGCCGGCUCUCGGAGCAGCCUCUCGGAGCCGGAAGCAUCGGAGCACAGCUUCAGCAACGGCGCGGCGCUGGCGGCCCACAUCCAGAAGGACAGCUUCUUGGCUCCAGUGUUCGCAAAGGAUGACCAGAAGCACAGACAUCCUUUCGAAUUUGAGGUGGAGCGGGACGCAAAGGCGCGGAGCCUGGAGCAGUUCUCUGCCGCCCACGGGCACCCCCCCCUCGUCCUCAAUGGCUGGCACGGGGAGUCAGCAAUAGACCUCUCCUGCACGUCUGAGGGGUCCCCCGGAGCCACGUCCCCUUUCCCAGUGAGUGCCAGCACCCCUAAGAUCGGGGCUAUCAGUUCGCUUCAAGGAGCCCUUGGCAUGGACUUGUCUGGGAUUCUGCAAGCUGGCCUGAUCCACCCGGUGACCGGGCAGAUCGUCAAUGGGAGCCUCCGAAGAGACGACGCUGCGGCGAGGAGGCGGAGAGGGCGGCGGAAACAUGCGGAAGGAGGGAUGGACCUCAUCUUUCUGAAGGAGCAGACACUUCAGGCAGGAAUCCUGGAAGUCCAUGAAGACUCAGGGCAGGCCUCUCUGAGCACCUCACUCCCCGAAGGGCCAGUGCCCGCCCCUUCGGCCCCGGAACUGGCCCCAGCAGCCGGCAGCCAGGCUGAGAAGACCAUUCCCAGCAAAAGUCUGCUCGACUGGCUGAGGCAGCAGGCUGACUACUCCUUAGACGUCCCCAGCUUUGGAACAGCUUUUUCAGACAAACCAAAGCAGAGGAGGCCACGCUGUAAGGAACCUGGGAAAUUAGACGUCAACUCUCUGAUUGGGGAAGAGAGGGUGUCCGCUGCCCCCAAGGAGCCGGGACUAAGGGGGUUCCUCCCAGAAAACAAAUUUAAUCACACCCUGACCGAGCCUGUGCUUCGUGACGCGGGCCCUCGCCGGAGGGGGCGGCGGCCUCGGAGUGAGCUGCUGAAGACCCCUGCCCUCGGGGCGGACUCCCCCUCCAGAAUGGGGCCACUUUUCAUGAACGGACUGAUUGCUGGGAUGGACCUGGUGGGACUUCAGAACAUGAGGAAUAUGCCGGGCAUCCCCCUCACGGGGCUGGUGGGGUUCCCGGCCGGCUUCGCCGCCAUGCCCACAGGUGAGGAGGUCAAGAGCACCCUGAGCAUGCUGCCCAUGAUGCUGCCGGGGAUGGCCGCCGUGCCCCAGAUGUUCGGUGUCGGGGGCCUCCUCAGCGCCCCUAUGGCGACUGCCUGCACUUCGACUGCGCCCGCGCCUCUGUCAAGCACAACGAAAAGCGGCGCCUCGGCGACCGAACAGACUGCCGAAGACAAGCCGAGCAGCCGUGACGGAAAAACGGACGCGUCUGCGGAAGACAAGCCCGGUCCUAGCCCAUAUUCCGAUCAGCCCGAACCUGCACUAACGACGAGUAGUCCUGUGGCUUUUAACCCGUUUCUCAUCCCAGGAGUGUCUCCUGGACUCAUCUACCCACCCAUGUUUCUCUCCCCUGGCAUGGGCAUGGCUCUGCCAGCCAUGCAGCAGGCCAGACACUCUGAGAUAGCGGGGCUGGAGAGCCAGAAGAGGAAGAAGAAGAAAACAAAGGGGGACAACCCGAACCCCAACCCGGAGCCUGCUCCCGGGCCGGACAGGGAGCCGGGCAGUGACCAGAACUGCCCCGAAUCCAGGGCACCCAUGCCCUCCGACAGAGAACAUGCGGCACAGGCCGGAGACGGGGGCCUCAAAGACUCCAACAGUGACACCAAUUAG